CUUCUUCCGACGCUCCUUUUUAUUUCUUCCUCUCCCCAGAUCGUCUUCUCCAGAUUUCAUCUCUUCCCAUCUCAACUUCCUUUGUUCGACCUCAACUUUCUUGGCUCGCCAUACCUAUCAUUCCGGCUCUCUUCCCGCCACCGGCUUGCUGCACACUCUUCUACAUUCCACACCUUGCCUGCGUUGGAAGAUCCCUUCUCUCGCUUUCAGCUAGUUCAGACUGUUGCAUCAGUUAUCGCAUCCUCGCUUUCUGCCUCAUCGCAAAGUCUCCGACCUAUCCCUGCGGUGACAUCCUAUCAUCGUGCCAAGCAUCCAAUCCCGGGGCGUUGAUCGACUUGCCGAUUUAGCUCCCUGUCGCGACGAAUCCUACGUCGCCUCGGCUUCUCAUCCCUUCUGAACGUGCAAUUCCUUCAAAACUCCCGACUCUGUCCCACUUUGGCUACCCCCACGGAGUUGAUUUAGGAGGAGCUUCACAUGCCGACGCCGGCCGCUUCAGUGGAUUUUUCUAAUCUACUGAACCCCCAGAACAACACGCAGACUGCCUCUGCCCCCUCCACCCCUGUGGACAGUUCUAAAGCAGCUCCCUCUACUCCUUCGAGUACUCAGUCCAAUCCAGCCAUGGCCUCGUCUGUUAGCCUAUUACCUCCCCUUAUGAAGGGCGCUCGUCCCGCAACGGAGGAAGUGCGCCAGGAUCUUCCCCGACCCUACAAGUGUCCCCUCUGCGAUCGCGCUUUCCAUCGCCUGGAGCACCAGACCCGACACAUUCGCACCCACACGGGUGAGAAACCGCACGCGUGUCAGUUCCCUGGCUGCACCAAGCGCUUCAGUCGCUCGGACGAGCUCACUCGCCACUCGAGAAUCCACAACAACCCCAACUCCCGACGGAGCAACAAGGCCCAGCACUUGGCUGCUGCCGCUGCCGCUGCCGCUGGACAAGAUAAUGGCAUGGUCAACAACGCGGGCUCAAUGAUGCCCCCGCCGAGUAAACCCAUGACUCGAUCCGCCCCUGUUUCGCAGGUCGGCUCUCCCGACAUCUCCCCCCCUCACUCUUUCUCCAACUAUGCCGUUCACAUGCGGUCGAAUCUGGGACCUUACUCGCGCAACACCGACCGGGCUUCGUCUGGAAUGGACAUCAACCUGCUAGCCACGGCCGCGUCUCAGGUGGAGCGUGACGAGACCUUCAACUUCCAAGCCGGUGGUCCGCGCAACCCGAUGUUCACCUCUCGUCACCACGGCAAUGGCCGAUUGCCGUCGCUCUCUGCCUACGCAAUCUCCCACAGCAUGAGCCGCUCGCAUUCGCACGAGGAGGAUGAUGGUUACUCGCAUCGCGUUAAACGCUCGAGACCUAAUUCUCCUAACUCUACUGCCCCCUCUUCGCCCACUUUCUCCCAUGACUCUCUUUCUCCCACUCCCGAUCACACCCCCUUGGCGACUCCCGCGCAUUCUCCGCGGUUGAGGCCUCUCGGCACCAAUGAGUUGCACUUGCCGUCGAUUCGCCAUCUCUCGCUCCACCACACCCCUGCGUUGGCCCCCAUGGAGCCGCAGCCGGAGGGCCCCAACUACUACAGCCCCGGCCAGGGCCACGUUGGUCCCAGCAUCAGCGAUAUCAUGUCGAAGCCCGAUGGAACGCAGCGCAAACUUCCCGUGCCCCAGGUCCCCAAAGUGGCCGUGCAGGACAUGCUGAACACGCCAGCUGGAUUCUCCUCCGUCUCGUCGUCGACGAACAAUUCGGUCGCCGGAGGAGAUCUUGCGGAUCGCUUCUAAUUCGAUCACCGCAUGUCAGCUUUUCCUGUGUAAAAAAAAAAAAAUUUGGAUUCCAAAAA